AGCACCCAUCCAUCCAUGCCUUUAUAUACCAUAACUUGCAAGAGUGCUUCAAGGCACACUAAGUUACAACUGAUUAACAUGCAAGGCAAUAAACUUUUGUUGCAUAUAUUCACUCUUUUUGUGUUUCUUGGAGCCACAAGUUCAUCACCAGAAAAUGGUAGCAACAGUAAACAAGUUUAUAUCGUCUAUAUGGGAGCUGCGGAUUCUUCCAAUGCUUCUCUUCGGAAUGACCAUGCUCAGCUUCUCAAUGCAGUGAUAAGAAGGAAUGACAAGGCUUUGGUGCGGAACUACAAGCAUGGUUUCUCAGGGUUCGCAGCUCGUUUAUCAAAAGAGGAGGCAAAUUCAAUUGCUCAGAAACCUGGUGUUGUGUCUGUUUUUCCUGACCCCAUUCUGAAGCUCCACACAACUCGUUCCUGGGAUUUCCUAAAAUAUCAAACUCACGUCAAAAUCGACGCCAACCCAAAAACGCUCUCCAAUUCUUCUUCCUCCUCAGACGUUAUCCUUGGCAUAUUAGACACAGGUAUAUGGCCAGAGGCAGCGAGUUUUAGUGAGGAGGGAAUGGGUCCUGUUCCAUCGCGCUGGAAAGGCACGUGCGUGAAAUCAUCAGACUUUAAUGCAUCUAAUUGCAACAGGAAACUAAUUGGGGCAAGAUUUUACACUGACCCUAAUGGGGAAGACGGUGACAACACGCCACGGGAUUCGCUUGGCCACGGGACCCAUGUGGCCUCCACGGCGGUGGGAGCCGCCGUGACCAACGCAUCGUACUACGGUCUGGCGGCGGGGAGCGCCAAGGGUGGGUCCCCAGAAUCAAGAUUGGCGGUUUACAGAGUGUGUUCUAACUUUGGGUGCAGUGGGUCCGCCAUUCUCGGGGCGUUUGACGAUGCCAUUGCCGACGGAGUCGAUGUUCUGUCGCUGUCGCUCGGUGCAUCACCCGGAUUUCGACCCGACUUGACAAGCGACCCGAUUGCGAUCGGAGCGUUCCACGCCGUGGAGCGCGGCAUCGUGGUGGCCUGCUCCGCUGGGAAUGAUGGACCGAGCUCGAACACGGUUGUGAACGAUGCGCCUUGGAUUUUAACCGUUGCAGCUUCGACCAUCGACCGAGAUUUUCAGUCCGACGUGGUCCUGGGUGGUAACAAAACCAUCAAGGGUAGGGCUAUAAAUUUCUCCCCUCUUUCAAAUUCGGCUCAGUAUCCAUUGGUAUACGGCGAGUCUUCCAAGACGAACGAGAGUAGUUUAACUGAAGCAAGACAAUGUCACCCAGAUUCAUUAGAUGCAAGCAAAGUCAAAGGGAAGAUUGUGCUAUGUGAUGGCAGAAAUGAUGAAUACUCAACUAGUGAAAUAAUAGACACAGUGAAAACCCUGGGAGGAAUAGGCCUAGUUCAUAUUACGGACUCAAAUGGAGCAAUAGCUUCAUAUUACGGGGACUUCCCUGCAACGGUUAUUAGCUCAAAAGAUGGUGCCACAAUACUGCAAUACAUAAAUUCAUCCAACAAUCCAGCAGCAACAAUUCUACCAACAACUACAGUUCUUGAUUAUAAACCUGCUCCCCUUGUGCCAGACUUUUCAUCAAGAGGACCUUCAUCUCUAUCAAGCAAUAUUCUAAAGCCUGAUAUUGCAGCACCAGGAGUUAAUAUUCUGGCCGCAUGGAUUGAAAGUAGCUCAGACGAAGUUCCCAAAGGAAGAAAGCCCUCACAGUACAACAUAAUCUCAGGGACUUCAAUGGCCUGUCCACAUGUUUCAGGACUUGCUAGCACUGUCAAAGCACGCAACCCCAGUUGGGGUCCCUCUGCAAUCAAAUCUGCCAUCAUGACUUCAGCAAUUCAAAGUGACAACACGAAGACAGCUAUAACAACCGAUUCAGGGUCAGUAGCCACACCUUAUGACUAUGGAGCAGGGGAGAUGACAACAUCUGAAUCAUUGCAGCCAGGGCUAAUUUAUGAAACCGACACUAUCGACUACUUAAACUUCUUGUGUUACAUUGGACUUGACAUAGCCACGGUUAAGGUCAUCUCCAGAACUGUUCCUGACAAUUUCAAUUGCCCCAAGGAUUCAAGUUCUGAUCUUGUCUCCAACAUCAACUACCCUUCCAUAGCAGUAAACUUCACUGGCAAAGGAACUGUCAGUGUGAGUAGAACUGUCACAAAUGUUGGUGAAGAAGAUGAAACAGUGUACUCCCCAGUGGUUGAGGCUCCCAGUGGAGUAAAAGUCACACUAACUCCAAAUAAAUUACAAUUUACGAAGAGUAGUAAAAAACUAAGUUACAAAGUUAUUUUCUCCACAACUUUAACUUCCCUAAAGGAAGAUCUGUUUGGAUCUAUCACUUGGAGUAACGCCAAAUAUAUGGUUCGAAGUCCUUUUGUAUUAACUAAGUAACCAAAUUUAAAGUAUUGAUGAAUAAAUGUAAGCCAAGUUUUUCGUGGUGUA